AAGAACAACGAGAGACUGAGUCUGGACUCGGCGACUCCCCAAAAGGCAUAAUAUAAUUUCUAAAUUGGUAUCGCAGUAAAAAUCUCGUAGCUUCAAGCAGCUUUGUGUGAUCUUCCCCUGUGUCCAAGUAUUCAUCAGGAGGCUGUAGCCACAAACACUGCUGGCAGAAAACCACGUGAAUAGUUUUAGACUGUCCAUGCUGUAGUGUGGAAAUCAUGGGAGAUGGCAACAACACCAAUAGCAGAGGUGUUACAACCAGUUCAGGUGCCUCCAACAACAACAGUAGUGAGAAGCCAGAGUGGCUGCAACGGUAUAAUCUUAUAGGGAAGAUUGGUGAAGGCACUUAUGGUCUUGUGUUUCUGGCAAGAAUUAAGUCUCAACGUGGAAAAUCAAUAGCCAUCAAGAAAUUUAAGCAAUCUAAAGAUGGUGAUGGUGUCUCCCCCACUGCCAUCCGUGAAAUAAUGUUGCUUCGGGAGAUUAAUCAUGAGAAUGUAGUGAAGCUUGUCAAUGUGCACAUUAACCAUGCCGACAUGUCAUUGUACCUGGCAUUUGAUUAUGCUGAGUAUGACCUCUACGAAAUCAUUAGACACCACAGGGAUAAGGUUAAUCAGACUAUCAAUCAGUACACUGUGAAAUCAUUGCUCUGGCAGCUGUUGAAUGGACUGAAUUACCUCCAUAGUAAUUGGAUAAUACAUCGAGACCUUAAGCCAUCAAAUAUCUUGGUUAUGGGUGAAGGAGAGGAACAAGGGGUAGUAAAAAUUGCAGAUUUUGGACUUGCAAGAAUUUAUCAAGCUCCUCUCAAGUUCUUAUCUGAAAAUGGGGUUGUGGUAACCAUUUGGUAUCGUGCCCCUGAGCUGCUUCUUGGUGCAAAACACUAUACAAGUGCCGUUGAUAUGUGGGCUGUGGGAUGCAUUUUUGCUGAGCUUUUGACUUUGAAGCCUCUGUUUCAAGGGGCAGAAGCCAAAACCACUCAAAACCCUUUCCAGCUUGAUCAACUUGAUAAGAUAUUCAAGAUCUUAGGGCAUCCAACACCAGAAAAGUGGCCAACUCUUGCAAGUCUUCCCCACUGGCAAUCAGAUUCACAGCAUAUUCAAGGACAUAAAUAUGAGAGUAAUGGACUUUAUAAUGUUGUUCAUCUCCCUCCAAAAAGUCCUGCAUAUGACCUUCUAUCUAAGAUGCUUGAGUAUGAUCCCCGAAAGCGAAUAACUGCUGCACAAGCUCUGGAGCACGAAUAUUUUAAGAUGGAACCUCUACCAGGGCGCAAUGCACUGGUUUCAUCACAGCCUGGGGACAAAGUUGUGAAUUAUCCUACUCGUCCUGUGGACUCAAAUACGGAUUUUGAAGGGACAGCAAGCCUUCAACCUCCCCAGCCAGUGUCAAAUACGAAUGCUAUCCCUGGGAACAUGGCAGGGCCUCAUGCUGUUCCAAAUAGAUCUGUUCCUCGACCAAUGCCUGGAAUUGGCAUGCAAAGGAUGCAACCUCAGGGUAUGAUGGGAUACAAUUUCCCUGCUCAGGCAGCAGCAAGUGGAAUGAAUCCAGGUGGCAUGCCUAUGCAGCGGGGUAUUGCUACCCAGGCCCAUCAGCAGCAACAGUUACGGAGAAGAGAUCAAGGAACAGGAAUGCCUGGAUACACUCCACAACAGAGAAGACGCCAAUGAGCAAACGACAUUUAAUUCAGUGUCCCAAUCAGAUGAUUUCUGCAAAACACAAUGACUUAAAGGAUCUGGACAGGCUUAACAGACUGAAUCAACCCAAGAAAGAUUGGGGUUUUCUGAGCAGUAGACAUGCUGCUUGUAGAUAUGCCUUUUCUCUCAGGACUCAGUGAUCCAUGUGUGGCUGGAAAGAAUCUUAGAGUGUAUACUCAUGACGAGGAAUUGCAGCUGACUAACCGACCCUGACAGGAAAACAUCAAUGAAGAUUCUUAUUCUCGCAGGGAUAUUGUCAUUUUUGUGACUCUGAAAGUGCUUGGGGAUAAGAAAAAGAUUGAAAGUUGUAGGGAUGUGUUUGUACUUGUAACUCUACCUGUGACUCUGUGUGAGUUCAUGUAUCGUCUUUUGAUAUUAAGUUUAUUGAAUUUAAUCGGACUUGGUCAUUUAAAAUUAA